AGGAAACCACCCCAAGAGCCUUUGAUGAAGCAACAUCACAAGAAGCCUGCCUGCCGUGAUGGGUCAGUAGAGCUAUUCGCUCCGCACCACAGCAUCUGAAACUCUGUCGAGCUCAGCCUAGCGGUACCGAGCACACAGCAAGAAGCCACGCGUCUCUUGAGGGGAGGAGCGUUCUCCGAGCGCCAUGGCAGACAGGAAGAAGUUUGGCAAGUCCCGGAGGAUGGGCUCCACCCGCAAAGGACAGCGCAGAAUGCAGAACCCCGAGGGCUGGCUUGGGGGUGAGGAGGGUCCCCUGGAGGGUGUGAUGGAGGACAGUGGAGAGAAGGCCCAGGAGACUCCUGAUGAGUUCCACAAGAUCCAGGAGGUCCAGGAGAAGAGAGGCUUCAGCACACAGGGGGAUAGUCAGAAGCUGCUGGUGGAUCCUCCUGUCCGUGCAAGGGAUAAGGAGCAGGGGCUGGGCUGGGAGGGGAGUGGCUUCAUCACCAGCGAAGAUCUCCCUUCAGGGCUGAGGGAGUUUGUGGAGGUCCAGCCCAGCCCCAGUGUGAAGGAGAAGGGGGAGGAAGAGGAGAGGCUCACCCCAGCACCAGUGCUCUCCCAACCCCAGAGCGCCGAGCCUCCCAAGGGAGCUGAGGAUGAAGAGAAAGCCAUGGUGCACAGGAAGAGAAAGCUGGGCUCCACCCGCAAGGGACAGCGCAGAAUGCAGAUUCUUGAGGGCCAGCUGCUGGGAGAGGAGGGGCCCACAGGAGGUGUGAUGGAGGAGAGUGAAGAGAAGCUCCAGGAGACACCUGAUGAGCUCCACAAGAUUCAGGAGGUCCAGGAGAAGAGAGGCUUCAGCACACAGCGGGAUAGUCAGAAGGAUGAGCUGGCUCAGGUGUUAGAAAUGGAGAUUGCCAACAAGAAUAUCUCUGCAUCCCCAGGGGAGUUUGUGGAGGUCCAGCCCAGUCCCAGAGUGAAGGAGAAGGGAGAGGAAGAGGAGAGGGUCAUCCCAGAACAAAUGCUAUCCCAGUCCCAGAGCACUGAGCCUCCCAUCGGGGCUGAGGAUGAAGAGAAAGCCAUGGUGCACAGGAAGAGAAAGCUGGGCUCCACCCGCAAGGAACAACGCAGAAUGCAGAUUCCCGAGGGCCAGCUGCUGGGAGAGGAGGGGCCCCCAGGGGUUGUGAUGGAGGAGAGUGAAGAGAAGCUCCAGGAGACACCUGAUGAGCUCCACAAGAUCCAGGAGGUCCACGGGGAGAGAGGCUUUAGCACACAGGGGGAUAGUCAGAAGGAUGAGCUGGAUCAUGUGUUAGAAAUGGAAGUUGCCAACAAGAAUAUCUCUGCACCCCCAGGGGAGUUUGUGGAGGUCCAGCCCAGUCCUAGUGUGAAUGAGAAGGGGGAGGAGGAGAGUGUCGCCCCAGCGUCAAUGCUAUCCCAGCCCCAGAGUACCGAGCCUCCCAAGGGAGCUGAGGAUGAAGAGAAAGCCAUGGUGCACAGGAAGAGAAAGCUGGGCUCCACCCGCAAGGGACAGCGCAGAAUGCAGAUUCCCGAGGGCCAGCUGGGGGAGGAGGAGGGUCCCCCAGAGGUUGUGAUGGAGGAGAGUGAAGAGAAGCUCCAGGAGACACCUGAUGAGCUCCACAAGAUCCAGGAGGUCCAGGAGAAGAGAGGCUUCAGCACACAGGGGGAUAGUCAGAAGCAGCUGGUGGAUCCUCCUGUCAUUGCAGGGGAGCUGGAGCAGCGGCUGGGCUGGGAGGGGAGUGGCUUCAUCACCAGCAAAGAUCUCCCUUCAGGGCUGAGGGAGUUUGUGGAGGUCCAGCCCAGUACCAGCAAGGGGAAGGAGGAGAGAGUCACCCCAGUGCCAAUGUUCUGCCAGCCCCAGAGCACCAAGGAUAAAGAGUCCACCGUGACAGAUAGAAAGCGAAAGCUAGGCUCCAGCCGCAGGGGCCCCAAAAGAGUGCAGAACCUCGGGGGCCGGCUGGGAGGACGACGGGAGGGCCAGGAGACCUUAAAUGCGCUCCGCAAGAUCCAGGAGCUCUUCCAGGGCAGCGACGGAGAAGGGACGGGAAUCAUCACCCGCACUGAGAUGCAGGAGGUGUGUGGGGAUCUGCCUCUCACCUUGGAGGAGCUGGACCAGGUGUUUGACCGGCUGGACAGAGAGGACAGCGGUUACAUCACCAGCGAGGAUCUCUCUGCAGCGCUGAGGGAGUUCCUGGAGGCCCAGCGCAGAGCCGGUCAGAGGGAGGAGGAGGAGGAGGAGAGAGUGUCUCCACCCUCCCUGCUCUACCAAUCCCAGGGCAUUGUGUUGCCGGAGGAAAUCCACGACGAGGAGAAACAGCACUUUCUGGCCCUUAUGGACAAGCUGGGGGCCAGCAAUCUGCUAGAGGACCAGUCGGAGAUCUGGAAGCUGUGGGCAGAGCUGCGGCACAAUGAGCCUCAUCUCCUGGGAAACCUGGAGGAUUUCGUGGCCAAGGUGACUUCUCAGAUCCGCGAGGCCAGGGAGGAGAAGGAGGGUCUGGAGCUCACUCUGCAGAGGAGGAUCGUGGAGCACAACCUGGAGGUGCGGCAGCUGUAUGAGGAGAUGGAGCAGCAGAUCAGCCAGGAAAAAGAGCGACUGCACAGAGAGAGCUUUAAGAAAUCUCGCUCCCAGGGCAAGGAGCUGAAGAAAGAGCUGGACAAGAAGACUGAUGAAGUGCAGCAUCUGGUCGAGGUUCAGAACGAGCUGGAGGAGAGCGUCCACACGCUGCGCAUCCGACAGCACGCGACCUGCUCCGAGAACGAGACGCUGCGCAGGACCAACCGUGAGCUGGAAGGGCAGCUAGAAGGCAUCCGCGAGCAGCUGCAGGAGGCGCGCGCACGGCUGCAGGACAUGCACAGCUCCGAGGUCCGCAGACAGCAGCAGCAGCAGCAGCAGCAAGCACAGGGGGAGAGGCGACAAGACACAGAAGACACUUCUGGAGAGCCUGAGCGCUCGUCUGGCACAGAGGUGACUAGGACAGAAGCAGCUGCAAUGGAACAGAAGAAAAUAGCAAAUGAUCAGCCAGCAGAAAUUGUUAGAGCUGGAUCAGUGCUGGGCAGCUACAUUCAGGAUGACUUCUCUGCAGGUGCUCCAACUAAAGAUGAAGAGCCCACUAAUACAAAUGCCAUGACCCGCGGGCGAGUGAUUUCAAUAGAGGAGGACCCACUUCCUGACCUGAUAAAACCGACGCGCAGCAAGCUGGGACAGGAACAGGAGGUGCUCUGGGAGCAGGAGGGAGAGGAGACACUGAGAGCGCAGACAGCCUCAGAUCACCUGUACAACGUGCUGUUGGUGGGGGACAGCAGCGUCGGGAAGACAUCCUUCAUCCAGCGCCUCAAAGACGGGGAGUUCCGCUCCGAUCACUGUGCCACCGUGGGUUUGGACAGCUGCGUACACACUCUGCUCGUUGGUGACAGGCGGGUUAUCCUUCAGCUCUGGGACACUGCUGGACAGGAGAGGUACCACAGCAUCACAAAGCAGGUGUUCCGCAAGGCUGACGGGGUCAUAGUGAUGUAUGACAUCACCUCUGCACAAAGCUUCGCAGCGGUGCGCUACUGGCUGACCUGCAUACAGGAAGGGGCGGGCGAUGAGGUGGCACUCAUGCUGCUGGGGAACAAGAGUGACAGCAGUGCGAAGAGAGGGGUCCCCACACACGAGGGACAGCGGCUCGCACAGGAGAACAGAAUCCUGUUCCAUGAGUGCAGCGCAGCCUCUGGAUACAACGUCACUGAAUCCAUGAUCAGUUUAGCCAGGCAGCUGAAGGAGCAGGAGGAGGGCUUGACGGGGGGCGGCAGUGAGAAGAGGAGGGUGAUGCUACAAGAAAACCAGCCCAAGAAGAAGUCAGCCUGCUGUUAGAAUCACUGACGGGAACUUCCAUCGCCACAGUGAAUGGGUUUAUUAACAAUGGGAGCUCUCGCUCCAUCCAGGGUUCGGAAAAAGAAGGGGUGACACUUUGAUUUAGGGAUCUGUUACCAGCGUGUGUAUACAAUAGAUCAUCUAUAACUAUGUUAUUAACAAUUAGAGACUGUGAUUAGAAAUAAUCAACGCUGCACUUUUGCAAUCAUAUAUUGCAUUAACAUAAGGAUAGUUAUAAUACAUAUUAUUAUGACAUUCAUAUGCCACUUAUAACGGAUCCCUUAACUCAAAUGUUACCAAUGAAUGAGGGUAAGCACUUUGUUUGAAGUGAUAUUAAUUGCAUUGCAGUUAGUUACAAACACCAUCCAGCGAGUCUGAUAUAACACCCCACCGAACACCUAGUGCACAAUGAUUUCCACAUCCAGUGGCUUGUGACUCACCGACAGCACUGGGUAACAGGGCAGACUUUUUAUAGAGUCUAUACAUUGACUAUAAAACUGUUCCAAAGUAUUUCUUUUAACACUGCAAAAGAGCUGCUUAAAUACACCCUGUACAUUAGCAGACCGUUAUAUCUGUAUCUUUACAACAAAAUGCUCAAUGCCUUGAACUUUAAAACAACUCGUGGUGUUAUUAGCUUGUCUGGAAACAUGAGUUAUUAGUGGAAUAAGGAUAAAUUCUGCACAAAGCACACCUACUUUCAUAAUAAUAAAAAAAAAAAGAGGGUAAAAAAAAAAAAUAUUCAGGGUAUUUAUUUAUUUUUUAUUUUUUUUAUUAAAGUCUGUCACCCUAUCUACAGCGCUAGCCUGUGUCCUGUAAUUAAAGCUUUUUUAAAGCC